AUGUUUCCUAUUCUUCUUGAUAAUUCUGAAUCAGAAUAUGAAUGAAAUGAUAGUGAUACAGAAAAUGUUGAUACAGAUGACAAAAUAUUGGAGUUUUUAAGUCGUUUAGAUGGAAAAAUACUAGAUGAAAUAGAUCCUAUUCAGGAAACCUUCAAAUAUAGGAAGACUGAGGUGAUCAUUGAUGAUAAGAAGACAAUCGAUAAGAAAAUCCUGGACACCAGAAAAAAAAAAAUUAGAUCAGAUUCAAAUUUUAUCAGAAAAAUAAAAUUGAAUCAAACAUUAUCAGGAAAAUAA